AGCAUCUCCAAGACUGCCGAAUCCGCAAGUGGCGUACAACAAGGCAGCUCCCUUGAUAGGAUAUCUCGCGGUGACCGUCUUGGGCUUGAUCUUGCUCUCAAGCCAGCCCAUCUUCUCUGUAGGAACACCCUCCUGGAGGACGAUCGCAUUGUGAUCGGUUGAUGGCUUGUUCACCAUUGUGGCCGAUGUCGAUGUACUGUCGGUAGUGAUUGGAGUCUCCGUCUGGGGAAUGUUGGAGAAGAUGGGGUUGAGAUGGAGGCGAUGAUGGUUCUAUUUGAAGGACAGGCCAACGUCUUCGAUGGCAGGAGGUAUAUCACCAACUCCUAUAUUGACCCCGAUCAUCCUCCACGCAUCCCCGCUUUUCUGCACUUGUCACGUUGUGAGUGUCUGCAAACCAUGCAUCCGGUAUAUGUGCCGUCGGGUCGGAUGGCCCAAGCGUCGAUCGUUUCCUCUGUCAUCGGUUCCGGCGGUUAGAGCCUCAUCUCCGAGAAGCAACAGUGGACAGCGUCUAUUUUCACGAGAACAGGUGUUGCCAGUGUCGAGCCUCUCAUCUUGUCGAAUGAGUUUCGACAUGAAAAAUCACGAGAUCCCCGUACUUACUCCUGUUCUGAUGGCGGCGACCGGCGAGGAGUAUCUGCAGCUCUGCAUUUGCGUACUCAGUGUCUCUCGCCACGUCAGAGCAGCCACACAGCGAACCCUGUCGAAUGGACUAAUCUCAAAGUCGAUGACCCACCUGGAUAUACUCAAAUAUCAUGCGUACAAAGGACGACCUAGUAGUCACCGUGUCUCAAAACACGACGCGUCCGACACAAUGACGCGUUCGAUACCCAUCGCUCAAUAUCCAUGGGCGCAAAAUCACUGGGGCGACUGCUGCGAACAACUCAGCAUGUUUCGUGCUCAUUGGAGCAAGACUGGAGUAGUUGGUGGUGUCGUCGAGGAAGAAUACAAAAGUCGCUGCGCGUCAUCAUCCUUCAAAUUUUGCCAAGCAUGAUACCUAUUCAACUCGGAAGCCCUACCGUAUUCGGAUUAGAGCCGACGAGAGCUAUACGAUACCAUGCAAAGAAAGAAGACAAAGCCACUCAAGACAGAGAAGUUUUU